GCGUGACUUCCGACGGAAGGAGGGUGAUGUGUGCUCUGGUCCUACCCGGGCGUGCGAGUGUACUUUGCGGCGUCGCAGCGCCCUUCGGCUGGGAUGAGCGGCGUCUGGCGGCUUCUGCGCUCCCUAAAGCAGCGCUUUAUCGGGCCAGGGAGCGAGUAUGUGGGCAUCGACCACUUCGGAAACAAGUAUUACCGGAUCCCUCAGCACGAAACCUGGGCAGGUCAGAACAUUAAAGAGAGAAGAUUUGUGAAAGCUGUCAAUAUAAAAGAAUACGAGUAUGAAUCUGGAACCAUUCCAACAGAGUGGGAAGCAUGGAUGAAAAAAAAAAGAAGCAAUCCACCUACAGUUGAGGAAUGUAUCCAGAGUGAGAACUACAAAAAAGAAAUGAAAGCUAAAGUUGAAGAUUUGUGUGAAAAAAACAGACUCCUCCAGGUCAAAGAUGAAAAGGGUCUCGAGGUAGGACCACUUCAGACAGAGAUUAAAGGACAUGCAGCUGCUUCUAACUAUAGAAAGCCCGAACGCUCAGAGGAGCCAGUUAGUACAGCAAAUACAUUUCAGCCUGGAGCCUGGAUGCCUCCUGAGGCCCCGUGCAAAGCAUCAGGAAAGAGGCAUCGCUUGGUUAAUGAGCAAAAUGAGUGAGGACACUUUUUAAAAUUCCAGAUUACACCUAAACGCUUAGCCACAUUUACAAAAUGCUUAGAUUCUGCUGUGUUACUUGUGGAAAUGUUUAAUUGCUUUUUAUAAAAUGUUUUAUCUCUAAUUCUUUUGCCUCUUAAAAUGAUUUGUGAAUGUUUUCACUAAAGUUAUGCUUAAAUAAAAGUUAAUGUUGCCGUAA